GUUAUUUGAAUAUAUUUUGAUAAUUUUUUAUUGUUUAUAUAAUCAUAUAUUUAAUUUAACCAUGGUCCAAGCGGCGAUGCGAAAGGCGAUCUAGUGUUCUAGGGUUUCGAUGAUUCAAAGGUAUUGGGAUCCUGGGAUUAGAGAGGAGGAGAGGUUAACGGGUCGAUUUGAAUCGGAGAUUCGAUUUGGAGAUGGGAUUCUCCAAGGUCGGAAGGCUGAAGAUGGAAACUCGAGAUUUUCUUUUGAUUUUGGAUGGGUUGGUUUGAUCGAGGUUACGAUGAAGAUGGAGAUUUGGAUUUGGCGAAAACUAAGGAUUACGAGGAUCGGGAUUUUGAUUUUAAUUUCGAUCAUCAUCAAGACGAAAUUGAAUCAAGAAGAAAACGUAUCUUUUCUCUUUCCUUUAGUUUGAUCAAUCAGAGAUGUGGAGAUACGAAGAUAUCCCGAAAAGUGUUUCAGAAGGAAAGUUAUAAUGUCCUGAGUCAACUUUUGAGCAAUGUGGGGGAGGUGAAGAACGGAGAAGGAACUCGCAGAAGAUUUCAGUGCCCCAUUUCGAUAAUUCAGCUCUCAUCAAGACUUUUUCCAAAACUCUUAUUGGAAGAUGUAUGAAUCCGGAGGAGCAGGAGAUGAAGGCUCUGAUCUCGAAUCUCCCGAAGAUAUGGAAAUUUGAGGAGAGGGUUGUUGGCUCGGAUUUGGGUUUUGAGAAGUUCCAGUUUGACUUCGAAAAGGAGGAGGACAUGGAGGGGGUUCUUAAGCUUCAACCUAUUCAUUUUGAUUACUGGAUGUUGUCCUUGGCGCGGUGGCAACCUAACAAGUCCUUGCUCUACCCGUCGGAGAUAACAUUUUGGGUUAGAGUCAUAGGAGUCCCGUGGGAGUUCAAAACGGAACCCACUUUUGAGAGCAUUGGUGACGCCAUAGGAAGGACAGUGGCUGUAGAUUUGGAUCACUCUCGCGUGCAAGUGGUGGUUGAUGCUUUUAAUGAGCUGUGUUUUGAAACCACGGUAGACUUCACUGGUGGGGAGUUUUAUGAUGGAGAGGAAGCUCCGGUAUCGCUGCUGUAUGAGAAGCUGUUUGGAUAUUGUCAAGUGUGUGGUAGUCUGUGCCAUAAAGAUGAAGUCUGUCCCUUAGAUGUGAAGAACAUCAAGAAGAGCCCAGAAAAGAAACGAGAAGGAAGAGAAGGUAAUGGUGCUUGGUACGAUGGAGGGAAGUAUGAUGAUCGCGCAAGGAGUUAUAAAGGUGUAGUCAUUAAUGGAAACGCGAAUCAACAGAAUAAAGAAAGAGAAGGCCGGGAGUAUUAUGGCAAAAGUAAGGGCAAGAUGGGGGAGGAAACAUAUUCUAAAUGGAUGAAGGUGUCAGAGAGAGGAAGUAAGAGAGCCUACACUAACCGUGGAACUUAUAGAGGAGAUGGGGAAGCUUCUCGGCACAGACCUGCGAGGAGAGAGGACUCAAGGCCUGGCGCUAAGAGUGGACAAAUUCGACCCUCUUCAGGACAGACUAGGGAGCAACAGCCUCAACAAGAUGCUCGUGAGGAAGUUCGAGAGGAGGUUGAGAUCAGGUCCGCUGAGGAGUCUCGCGCAAUGCCACCUUCUCAAGCGUUUCAAGUGGAACUGGCCAAAUCUCAGGCUGAGGGAACGACAGUCAUCUCGGAUCCUAUUGAUGUGGACCAAGGGUUGGCAGCGGUACAUGGUAUGCAGGAGGAUCAUGUGGACUUAGAAGAUGAGGAUGUAAUGGACAUGGAUGAGAUUAAGGCUCAUCUACUUGAGAAUGAUAUAGAUAUGGAUGCAAAGGAUUUUUUAGAGAAGCUAGAAGAGGAGGAAACUAAGGAAGUGGGCAAGAAACAGAAAGAGGAGAACAAUGCUCAAGAGACAGACGAGGUGGUGUUUGUGGAAGAAGAGCAAGGCACGCUUGGUGGAGAUGCGGUGAAGAAACCAGGAUUACGUAAGAGUCUAUUCAAGCCGUCGACCGGUACUGCGGGAAGUACUAAAAUGAGAGCGUUCAAUGCGCUUGCGUCACCACGUAAGCGAGCUGCAGAGAGGCCAGGAACACGACACGGAGAUACCACCAAUCAAGCAGAGAGUAAGGGUGCUUCAAACCCGAAACUUGGAAAUCAGAGGAUCUGAUUUAUGGUUAGAGUCUUUUCUCAAGGUUUUUCAAGCAGGCAGGGCCUGUCUUAUGAUUUAGGUUGUUUUCUGGUUUUAAUAAGCUCUAUGAGCACUUGCAUUUUUUCUGUUUCUAAGAGUUGUAAGCGUCUGGUCUUACUGCGGUUUUAUGGUGGCUGUUAAGGGAUUUCUUUGAGGAAAAGCAAUGGAAUAAUAAAACAGUCUUGUGUUA